AUGGCAUCCAACCAGAAAUUCACGCCUCGCGAAGUGCUAGAGGCUUUCUACAAGGCAGAGCGUGUGUACAUGCAAGCUGCACCCGACAAGCGUGACUAUGCAAGCAUUGCAGCUACUCUGGCUCCGAAUUUUCGCAUGGAGCAGACAUCCGCUCUGCCAUACGGUGGCCUCUACAUCGGGCAAGAUGGCAUGCAAGACUGGACGCGCCGCAUGGCCGAUUACUUUGAGGUUGUGGACGUGCAAAACCCGGAGUACUUUGAGCGCGCCGGGUCGGACAAGAUCGUGAUAUUGUCGAAUAUCCACUUCAAGGUGCGCAAGACUGGCCAAGAGUUGGAUUUCCCUUUCUGUCAGUCUGUGACCGUCGACCUCGAGCGGGGCGUGAUUGUCGAAAUGAGGCCCUUUUACUGGGACGUGGCGGAGGUGAAUAAAGCUCUUGGAUAUUCUCCAUGA